AUGUCAACUACUAAAUAUGAAGAGCACCAUAUACUUUGCUAUCUGGCUAGGCGAAUAAGAGAAAUAAAGGAAGGUGACAAUGGAAAAUUUAUUAUUAAGCUACGAUCAACAAUCGCUCUUAAAAAUUUGUCUG